AUGGAUACCGACGAUCGCGUUCAGUGUCACGCCUGCGGUCGAGUAUGGCCCCGCCGCUUGCAUGACAGCCUGGAGUGCCCGCACUGCGGCUCUGAUUUUACUGAAAUCAUUGAAAUUCCUCCCGACACGGACCCCGAACCUGAACCCUCACACCCCGACCCCCCAGAGUCCUUCCCUGGCCAUCGCUCGCCAUCCCCUCCUCCAGUCAAUCCUUGGACAGACCACAACCCAUGGGUCCGCAUGGAACAUGGGAGAGACAAUGGUAUGCAUGGAUGGGACGGAGGUCCUGGCUAUCGCUAUACUCAGAGAUCGUACCGGUCUCCCGGCGGUAACCUUCAGUUCUCUUUCUCUGCACACAGCAUGCCACCUCGCAGAGUACCUGGUGCACAGAGAGGAAUGGGUUCUGGCCCCGCGAUGGAUGGCUUGGACUCGUUCUUCCGCAGUAUUUCUGAACUCAACCGGGAAACUGCUGAAAUAAACCGAGAACGGGCUGCGCGUGCACAUGGGCCUCGCUCGCCAUUCGAUGAUAUGUAUGGACCGGGCAACCGGACAUCCCACGAACAUCCGCAUCCUGGACUAUUCCCCCGUGAUGCAGAUGGACCCCAGCCCAUGGACAGCCCACUGCGGAGUUUGUCGGACAUUCUUCAACUGUUUCAGUCCAACCUCGCGAACACGCAAACUGGCCCCGGUGGGCCCCAUGUGCGUGUUGUGACUGGAGGCGGAGCGCCCAUAGGGCAGCUCAUUUCUACUCUCUUAAGCAUGCGCAGUGGCGAUGCAGUAUACUCCCAGGAAGAAUUGGAUCGAAUCAUAUCACAAUUGGCAGAGCAGAAUGGGGACCGCACUGCGGCGCCCCCAGCCUCUCAGGAUGCUAUCCACGCCCUCCCAAAGAAAGCAGUCACCAAGGAUAUGCUUGGAGGCGUUGAAAGCACCGAAUGUUCGAUUUGCAUGGACACUGUCAAAGUUGACGACCAGGUCACCGUGCUUCCCUGCACACACUGGUUCCAUCCGCAGUGCAUCGAGAUGUGGCUGGGUCAACAUAAUACUUGCCCGCAUUGUCGGCGAGCAAUCGAUCCAACGACAGAGGAAGCGACAACAACGGCGCCACCCGAGGGUAACUCUGACCAAGCUAGACGCUCAAACUCGUUGUCGGGGUCCAGCACGCAUCCUUCAUUUGACGAAGAGCGAGGUUCUAGUUCACGGGCAAGCCGUGGUGAGGGAUCGGGAAGCUGGGCAGGAUGGGUGCGUAGUCGACUUGGCGGGGGAGGUUGA